CUCUCCUCUGAUUGGUCGGUGCAGUCGCUGGUCAUCACCCAACAUGGCGCCGACGCUGGUAGAGCAUGUUGUCGCAGACGCGGGAGCGUUUUUAAAGAAAGCUCAUCUCCAGGACAUCGGCAGGAACAUCUACACACUGAAGGACGUGGUGGACGAGAUCAGAGACAAACCCACCAGGAGGAGUCUGGCCUUCCUGCCGUACCAGCUGAACUUUAAAGAACCACAUCCAGAACACAUCAGACUGGUGACGGAGUUCUCCAAGAAGACGGGAGACUACCCGAGUCUGUCGGCCACCGACAUCAAGGUCCUGGCUCUGACCUACCAGCUGGAGCUGGAGCACGUCGGCUCCCAACACCUGAAGAAGGAGCCCGAGGUCAAGGUGAACAUUCAGAGCACACAGCGCCACCCGGAGACUCCGGUUCACGUCGCAGGGUUCCACUUCCCCUCCAAGAAGCCCGCCAACAGUUUGAACGUCCGACAGACUCAAACAGAGACGACGAAUGUUGCCCGUGGCGACGAGUUCAACAGCUUCCACUUCUGGAGAGAGCCGCUGCCGCCCGUCGACAACGACCUGCUGGAGUUACUGGAUCCGGUGGAGGUUUUAAAUUCAAAGAACAAACAGAAACAGACGGACGCACAGACGUCUUCUGACAGCGACGAGUUCAACAGCUUCUACUUCUGGAGAGCGCCGCUGCUCGACGUCAGCGACCUGUUGGAGUCACUGAAAGUUGAUGGCAGUUCCACAUCGGAGAGCGGGUUGGACUCUCUGCAGACGGAGGAGCCAGAGGACCAAUCAGAAGACGGAAACAAAGAGAACAAGCCGAAUGAGGAUGAAGAGGAGGAGGAGGAUGGAGGUGGUUGGAUCACUCCCAGUAACAUCAAACAGGUGAAGAUGGACUCUGCUGAUUGGACGGCUCCCGCUGAUGUCACGGUGGGAUGUCUGACCACCGACUUCGCCAUGCAGAACGUUCUGAUUCAGAUCGGACUCCACGUGCUCUCGGUGAACGGGAUGGUGAUCAAACAGGCGAGGAACUACAUCCUGAGGUGUCACGGCUGCUUCAAGACGACGAGCAACAUGAACAAAGUGUUCUGUCCUCACUGCGGAAACAAGACUCUGAAGAAAGUGGCAGUGACGGUCAGCGAGGACGGAAACGUUCAGAUGCAUUUCUCCAAAAACCCCAAAGUGCUGAACCCCAAAGGGCUGAGGCACUCGCUGCCUCUGCCUCAGGGAGGGAAACAUGGGAACAACCCCCAGCUGGUGGAGGACCAGCGGUUCCCCCAGCAGAGACUCUCCCGUAAAGCCCGCCAGAAGACCGACGUCUUCAACCCGGACUACGCGGCCGGAGCGUCGCCGUUCUGCGAGAACGACAUCUACAGCCGAGCCGCCAACCUCCACAUCCGAGACGGGCAGGGCGGCAGCGGGCGGCGGCGAGCCAACCCCAACGCCGCCAACAAGAAGUUUGUGAAGAAGAAAUGAAGAGACGUUGCACUAACGGAGCAUUCAGCUCGUCUGCUCCUUUAAAUUUAAAGUUUUCUCGUUAAAUCUGUUGAUGAUCAAUAUAAUGUAUCUAUUAAUAAAUGUUACAACACCU